CCCUAGCCAUCGAUGAAUAUAAGCCCCAGGAUGCCACCACCAACCCGUCUCUGAUCCUGGCCGCAGCACAGAUGCCCGCCUACCAGGAGCUGGUGGAGGAGGCCAUCGCCUAUGGCAAGAGGCUGAGCGGGUCACAAGAGGACCAAGUUACAAAUGCUGUUGACAAACUUUUUGUGUUGUUUGGAGCAGAAAUACUGAAGAAGAUUCCCGGCCGUGUGUCUACAGAAGUAGAUGCGAGGCUCUCCUUUGACAAGGACGCCAUGGUGGCAAGAGCCAAGCGCCUCAUCGAGCUCUACAAAGAAGUUGGGAUCAGCAAAGACAGAAUUCUUAUCAAGUUGUCUUCAACCUGGGAAGGAAUUCAGGCUGGAAAGGAGCUCGAGGAGCAGGACGGCAUCCACUGCAACAUGACGCUGCUCUUCUCCUUCGCCCAGGCUGUGGCCUGCGCCGAGGCGGGCGUGACGCUCAUCUCCCCGUUUGUGGGCCGCAUCCUCGACUGGCAUGUGGCCAACACAGACAAGAAGUCCUACGAGCCCCUGGAAGACCCUGGGGUAAAGAGCGUCACCAAAAUCUACAACUACUACAAGAAGUUUGGCUACAAAACCAUCGUCAUGGGCGCCUCCUUCCGCAACACGGGCGAGAUCAAGGCGCUGGCCGGCUGCGACUUCCUCACCAUCUCACCCAAGCUCCUGGGGGAGCUGCUCAAGGACAGCGCCAAGCUGACGCCUGCGCUCUCCGCCAAGACGGCCCAGGCCAGUGACCUGGAGAAGAUUCACCUGGAUGAGAAGGCUUUCCGCUGGCUGCACAACGAGGACCAGAUGGCCGUGGAGAAGCUGUCCGACGGGAUCCGCAAGUUUGCGGCUGACGCAGUGAAGCUGGAGCGGAUGCUGACAGAACGGAUGUUCAACGCAGAGAACGGGCAGUAGUGCCACACCUGCGGCUGGACCCUCCCCCCGCGCUGCCCUUGGAUUUGGGCCCGAUUGCACAUGGCUCGUGACGAGUCUUGCUUUUUUACCAAUUGGAGCAGGGACAAGAUCAUAGAUGUGUGGUUUUAUGCAAGAUUUUGCCGAAUGCAUUAAAUCAGUCGCUUUUCCUGUGUGGUUUCA